ACAAAAGCUGAACGACCAUUUCUUUUCCUCGACACUUUGAUGAGAGCCGGCAACUGAGCUUAGCAUUUCCCAGCUGUCCCUGACUCCUUCCCCUUCCCUUUUUCUGUCCUUUCCGAUCCCUCCUUCUUCCACCUCCCUCCAUGUCUUCUCUCGUACAAUCAGACUUCAACUACUAACAUAAUCAUGGCAACACGUUCUCCUUUCAUCAUAUAAUACCCUCGUAGAAAUUAAACAGAAAGAAGAAGAAGAAGACCCUAAAGAAAGAAAAGGGUCCAAGGUUCGAAAUCAUGGAAGGCCAGCAGCAGCCACAGCCUUCAUCGCCGGCGGACACCGCUUUGACAAAGGUAUUCGUUGGAGGGCUCGCAUGGGAAACACAAACGGAGGUGCUCCGCGAUUACUUCCGCAAGUUUGGCGAUAUAAUCGAAGCCGUCAUCAUCACCGAUAAGCUCACCGGCCGUUCAAAGGGCUAUGGAUUCGUGACGUUUAAGGAGGCGGAGGCGGCGAAGAAGGCGUGCGAGGAUUCGGCACCGGUCAUCAAUGGAAGAAAGGGUAAUUGUAACCUCGCUUCUCUUGGAGCGAGGCGCGUUGGGGUCGUAAAGAUCUCGCCACCAGCUACACCGGCGGCAGCUGUGAGGCCAGCAGCGGCGGCGGCGGUGGUUCCUUGGUACUUUCCCGCCGGCAAACCUCCUUCGUCGCCGACGAUGCCUGCUUUCCACCAGCACUAUCCAGCUGGUGCCCUCCCGUUCUACACCACAGCCUAUGGAUAUUCUCCGUCUUAUCUUGCACCUACGAAUAUGGGUUACACGACCAAAGUAAGCCAUUCUGAUGCUAGAGGAGCAUAUCUCCCAGGCCAAUUCUCAUAUGCAACUCAGGGAGGUUUGAUCGCUCCGGUCGCCAUGACACCGAUAUACCAUCCGAUAUACGAAUUCAAUCACAACCAUCACUUGCCUCAUAGCAUGGCCGGCGUCGCCAUCCCCUCCGCCCCCGCCCAAUUCUUCCCGCCGGUGACAACCGUUAGCUACGGUCCAGCACCAUCAACUCACGCCUCCAGGUUUCCUAUUGUUGCUCCAAGCAAGUGCUGAGCCAAAAUUUCUUAGGCUGAGAAGGAAAAGUGGAUAAGAGAUGAGAGAAAUGUGUUGGAGCAUUGUUUUACUACUUAUAAUAAAUAAUACAUUAUUAAAAUAUAUAAUUCAUUUCAUUUUUAUCUAUCUAAUGGAUGCACCACAAUGAUAUAAUGUUUAGUAGAUAUGGAAUGAAUUUUCUUUGUUUGUACUGAAUAACACAUUUAAG